AUGAAAGUGCCUCCUCCAAAUUAUCACGAAACUACACACGAAAAUAUAAGUGUGUAUCCACCAAAUACUCAAAUAAUGGAAACUGCACAAGUUACAAUCCCUCAAUCGACUUUAGCUCUUGGACCCUUUCCGCAACAGGCUUAUUGUCAUUCAUGUAGACAACAAGUUCAAACUAGUGUUAAUUAUGUUUCUGGAACGUUUGCUUGGUUAUUGUGCUUUUUGUUUUUGCUUUUUGGACUCUUUUGUGGUUGUUGUUGUAUUCCUUUCUGUGUUGACAGCUGUAAAGAUGCCGAACAUCGUUGCACUCGAUGCGACACUUAUAUUGGGACUUAUACACGUUUGGGGAGUAAAUCAAGAGCCCCGAAUGUUGUUAUAGUCAAACAAGUUUAA